AUGAAUGAGGGCGCAAUACUGCUCGAGGAAUUUGCAAAACCAGGAGAAAAACAAGCAGUGGCGAUAUCCGGUUUAUUCAAGCAAUGUACGAAAGGCGUGACGGUGAAGCUGGACGAUGAUAUGCUAAAACAUUACUGUAACGAGGACACAUUCAUUAUUGAUAUCGAGCAGGCGCCAGAGGAUCCGUCUUGCUGCACCGUAACGCUUGUCGAAUUACCGCCUUCACACUUCUCACAAAAUUCAUAA